AUGUCCUCAGACGUGACUGUCGAGGACCUCAAAGUGGUGGAAAAUCGUUUCACCGGUGAAGGCGCAGAUCUAACUCUCUUACACUGGCUACGACAUGCAGAACAAGCUAUCGAGUCUCUCCCAUCUGAUGAUUUACUCCCUCAAGUCCAACCCCUUCACGCUUUCUUUCUGAAAAUCUUACUUCCCUCACCCUCACCCACCCUGCCCAAACCUGGCAGACCAAUCCGACAGCUUCUCACCCGUUGCAUGGUCAAGCUGCAUCACCGCGUCGAGUCGAGAAGUCUUUUCGAUUUUGUUCAAGCCCUCACCAAGGCUCUGAGCGAUGGAGGGUCAAAGCAUAUGAGCUCGGCGGAAAAUGUGGCCAGAGUGGCAUGCUGGUAUUGUAUCGGAGAGAUUAUGAGAGAACAUGGUAGUAAUAUGAUGUCCUUCAUGGCUGAGAUUUCUAUGACUUCGAUCAAAGUCUUGCGCAAUUCCAACCUCUCUGUCAUUCUACGUGCCUACGCAGUGACCACCUUUUCCAAGUCACUUGUCUCAGCCGGCAAAGCUCUCCCAGAUGGUCUUCACAAAGAACUCACCAAAGCUCUGCGGAAUGGUCUCACGGAUCGUGCUUUACCUGUUCAACGUGCAUGUGCGGAGACUUUCAUAUCUCUACAAACAUACACCACCGCCUGUCCACUCAAGGAGACAUUGGACGCCAUCGCUCCACUUGUUGUCAGAAGUUUAGAACAUGCCGACCAUCUCACUCGUCGUUCCCUUAGUUUAUUGCUCGCCCACUUCCUAGCCGCAACGCAAAUUCCAGGUUCGGGGAUCGUCGUACCGGAUCGAAAAGCUGCUGCAAAGCGAGAUACGGACGACGCGGGCACCGAACCUACUGUAGUCACUUCAGCCGUUGAGGAAAAAGGAACAAAGACCCGCCUGACAAUAUUGGAAAUGUUGAGAUACCUCUCUACCGCUUACAAUCGCCCUCAAAGCCCUCGAAAACUUCGUAAUGCCAUCAUCGAUGUCUACGCGACUCUGUUCACCUCGCUGGGAGCCACGUAUAUCGAAUCGAACUACGCGGAAAUCGUCAAACAUCUCAUGGACGAACUUGUUCUCCCCUCCCGGAGUCAGAGCAGUCGUUUCGAGAUACUCUCCGCCCGAGAUUCAGUGAAUUUAUUACUCCGCGAUUUGAUCGGCGUUCGUCUUCUCUCCGAAUCUGGACAAGUCAUGGCGAUUCGUGAGUGGACCAACAAUUAUCUGAAGAAAUGGCAAAGUGUACCUUUACCGGGCCAGAGGAAGACCAACAAGUAUGUACUCAACGUUGCGUUGCGAGAGAUAGCGGGAUUAUUAGAAAGCCUGGGAAACGCUUCACCCGCCAUCAUCGAGCUCUUGGCUGAACCACUGGUACGACUAUUGUCCCACGAAGCUUAUUCUGUUCGAUUGUCCGCUUCCUACGCCUUACGCAGAUUCUGUGCCAUCAACCCGGGUCAACUACCCAGAAUGCUCGGCAUAUUAUUCACGGAUAUCAACAAAGAUCUUGGCAUCUUGGGAACCCCGACAGCUUCGAAGGACGUCUCACACCGAGUGAUCGGAAAGACAUUCGCUCUAUCCGCCCUUAUCGCCGCGAGCAAUUCUCGUCCGUUGUAUGUCUCACAUGACGUCUCCACGAAGGUUUUCGAUCUUGCCACUUCUUUACUCAAGAAAGCUGGUGAUCACGAUAUCUCCGUCUCUAUGAUUGAAGUUCAGGUAGCAUGGUACCUCAUCGCAGCUCUCAUGUCCCUUGGUCCUAGUUUUGUCAAAUUGCAUCUUCCCCAGCUACUUGUCUUGUGGCGGAACGCCCUUCCCAAACCUACAAGUAAAGACUCGUCUGUCGGGGAACGUGGGGAGACCGAUUGGUCCUUUUUACUUCUCGUCCGAGAAUGUGCGCUCGCUGCCGUCUUGAAUUUUCUUCGGCAGAAUAUGAGUUUGGUCAAUAUCGAUGUCGCUCGACGAUUAGCAACACUAUUCUCCAAUACCCUCAACUUUGUCAAUGGUUUCGCCACCGCUUAUGCCGAAGCACUACGGGAACAAGCCGCCAGUCCCGCAGGGGUGCAAUCACCCAUAUUCACCGCAAAACCUUCCCUGGUCGACCGUGAGGCGACGCUGAGGCGAAGAGUCUUGCAAUGUUUCACUGCACUAGGACCAUCGAGUGCUACCGAAAGCAUGCAACCGGCGUUGUUGCAGGCUGCAGUGACAGUGUUUGCGGACCCGGAAAACUAUUCUGGCUCGGCCGCCCAAGCAGCGAUAGCCGCACAGAGUGGGACAUUCACAAGCAUCUGGCAAUCCACAGACGGGUAUGGAUUUGGUGUGACGACUCUUCUGCGGGGCAGAGAAGAUGGUGAUGAACCGUUUUUGAAUAGAGACAAGAUUGAAAUGUCGAUCGAGUCGCAGCUGUCCCACCCUAUCCUCGGUUCAUUGGAACAUGACUUUCUGGCUCUUCUGCCUGCCGAAGCUAUCCCGAGUUGCCCAGCUCCCCCUCCAUCACAAACAGGAGUCAUCGACGCUGGAGUAGAGCUAUUCUCUGCCAUAUUCCCUCAUCAAUCUCUCGAAGGACAGAUUCAAUCCUUGGGAACACUCUCUAGUCACAUGCGUUCCAGCAAGUUGGAGAGGAAUCCAGGGAGGAAGCAGGCUGUUGUCGCAAAUACUGUUGCUGCCCUUCGACUGACCCUCAUCAACGCCGAGUCAGCAGGGGCCAAGGCAAAGCGAAACAUUGGCAGCACUCAGAUCAGCGACAUGAUCAAGUCGCUUUUACAAGAUGCCAUUCUUGAUUCCAACCCGGCCAUCCGCACAGCCGCUGCUGAUGCUAUGGGUUCUCUAUCUUCUUUAGCUGGAAGUGCCUAUCUUUCCACACAGAUACAAUGGCUGGUCGAUCAAAUAGUCAACAACCGUGUCCCCGAAUCCCGUGCCGGAUGCGCGGUAGCAUUCGGAUCUAUAUACUCAUCCGUUGGUGGAUUAUCAGGUGGACCGAUCCUGAAAACAAUCGUAAACAUUCUCAUGUCACUCGCUACGGAUCCUCAUCCGGUCGUUCACUUUUACGCCAUGAGCGCACUCACCAAAGUCGUCGAUUCGGCAUCUCUUUCAUAUGAACCUUUUAUCCCUACAACCCUCGGUAUGUUAUCCAACAUAUAUCUUCUUGACACGCACGAGCCAGAAGGUGGUUCUCUCGGUUCUGUCAACCUUCGCGGUGAUCUCCCUGCUUAUCAAGUCAUAUGUCGUAUACUUCACGCCCUUAUCGGUGUGAUAGGUCCUGAACUUCAAGAACCAGGCAAGAUUCGAUCUUUAGUCUUCCUACUUGUCCAUGAAUUUGGAGAAGAAACAGAUGAAGGAUUAUCUGUGGAAGCGAUCAAAUGUGUUCAACAAUUCCUCAUGUUCGCUCCUUCUGAAGUCGAUAUUCCUAGACUUGUGCAAACUUUUCGAACACAUUUAGCCUCUUCCAGACGCCCACUAAAAGUCGCAGCUAUCACAGCCCUGUAUCAGAUCGUACAACGUGAUGCGGUUUUGAUCUCCAAAGUGGGAGGAAAUCAAUUAGUGGAGGAUUUAUUCGGUUUAUUGGAUGAUGAUCCAAGUAUCGUAGGUGUAAGAGAAGUGAUAACUUCUUGGUUAACACAAACGGCCGCUGCUUUACCUUCAGGUUGGAUAGAUCUUUGUCAAAGGAUAAUGACCCGAACUCAAGGACAAGCUUCUUCUCAGAAAUUAUCACAAACUAUUCAGAUGACACAACGACAAGCAAUAACGACAAGCUCAGGAUUUAUGGAUGAUGAAGGUGAAUCUUUAGGAGCUGCAGAGAUGGGAGGAGGGAAUAACACGUUGAGUAGUAGAUGGAGAACUCAAUUGUUCGCCUUGGUUUGUCUACAUAAUAUCGUACAGGCAGUGGCGGAUGGUGGUAAAGAAGAAAACUUUGAUCCUCUUCUAGCGAGAAGGUUGGGAGUGAAUAUGAGACAUAUGUUGUUUUCCAGAGUAGGGGAUUUGAUCAGGAUGGCUUUUUCGGCUUCGGCGGCUUUGGUGGAAGAAGUUAGGUUGGGAGGUUUGGUCGUGUUGAGGGAUGUUAUUGAGAAAUUCUCCUCAUCCGCCGACCCCGACUUCGAAGCCUCCCUUUUACUCGAACAACAUCAAGCUCCCAUAGCAGCCGCCCUCACUCCUAGCUUCGGUACCGAUUCCACGCCUGAAAUCCUCGCUAGUGCAGUCCAAGUCUGCGCCGUCUUUGUCGGUAGUGGCGUCGUUCGCGAAGUAGGAAGGAUGGGUCGAAUUCUCAAACUUCUCACUGGGGCAUUGGAACAAUGCAAAGAUGGUGAAAUGACUUCAUUAGGAGAAGUACAUAACUUGUCGUCGAACGCUGCUGUCAUGUUGAAAGUUUCCAUAUUGGCCGCUUGGGCGGAAUUACAAGUAGCUGCUGUCAAAAGGGAAUAUUUGAAAGAUGUUGUGAGACCUUAUAGAUGGUUAUUGGGACCGUUCUGGGUUGGCACUUUGAGAGAUUAUGCUCAAUUGAGGACAGACCCGGAAAUGGGGAUGAUACAGGGAGGUAUGGAUGCUGGUGUGGGAAGAGAUGUGUUGUUGCCGUACUACGAACAAGCCGUCCCAAAAAUUCUUCACGCCGUUGCCAUCUCCCUCUCACUCUCCGACCCUUAUCUCCUCUCCGCCUUAGACGGUCAACCCAUUUCGUCCCCUUCCCAAGAACCUUCUCUCCCCGUCAUCUCCCCUACUCCCUGUGCAAACUUCUACAUAGUAUACGGUUUAGCCUUUGAAUCCCUAGUCAAAUCCAUGUCCGAUUCCCAUUCUUUUCUCUCCUGCGUCGCUCUCAAAGCCAUGACAUCCCUAGUCCAUCCUCGAUUAUCAGGAACGACCAUUUUCUCAGGAUCAUUCUUUGACGAAUUAUGUACGGUAUGUUAUCGUAUAGCAAUGUCUGAACCCGCUUUGGUAAAAUCAGAAAUGGUACAACUUCUUUCAUCAUUCAUCAUCACCAGACAAUCAAAUCAAUCAAAUCAUUCUGAUAUCUCAAAAAUAUCUGAUAUAUCGGAUUCAGGUCAAACACGUCGUAUAUUAGCCAUUUUAGUUUUCGUCUUGAGACAAACUAUCCCUUCUCCAGAAAUACAAAACACGUUCAAUUACAAUGAUACUUUAUCUGACAGAGUAACGUUUUUGAAAGAUGGUUUUACGGCUUUAUGUAAAGUGAUAGAAUGUGUGGAAAUGGUACAAAGGGCUGAACUUUUAGCUGUGGGUAUACAUUUAUUUGGGGAUUUAUUGAAAGAUGAAGGGAAUAUGGAUUUGGCAGGAGGAUGUUUAGGUUGUUUAAAAGGAUUAUUGGAAAUGAUUUGGAAAGUACAAGUACCUGGUAUUAGUAUAGAAGGUGAGAAGGUUAUACAUGGUUUGUUAUCUGCUUGUUUAGGGAAUGUGGAUGAUAUGAGAACUCGAGUCAACCCAGUGGCCAAUACGAAAAUCAAGAAUAAUCUUCUAGCUAUGACUCUCGUUUUGACAUCUCUUCCUACAAAUGUCAAAUUGAGUAGAGAUGUUUUGGAACAGGUCGGGUAUGUCAUGGGUCAGUAUUUGGGUGUAGGAGCCGAUCGACCAGAGCUCGGUCUCACAGCGGUACACUGCACUUCCACCCUUCUCACCGCCUCCCUUCGUCCCUCUCCCGUUCUUUCUCACCUCCCAAUCUCCCUCUUACCACCCAUCAUUACCUUCUUGGCCGAUUCUACCGUUUCCCCCUCACCCCCAAUAGAAGCCAUUAAAGAAACCAUCAAAUCUCUUGUCUCGUGGUGUCUCUCCAUCCCUGACACUCACCGCGCUAGAGCUUUCGGGAUACUUCUGCCUACUCUAUCUCUAUUACUCGAUCCUGAAUCAACUUCCGCAUCGGUUACGACAGCUUUACAUUCAAUCAGCACGAGUGCUUUGUUGGGAUUAGCGCAGAAUAGUCCGAAGGACUUCCGAGAGGCUACUUUGAUCAUGUCCCCAGAGGAGAGAACGAGGCUAGAGAGAAGUAUCAGGGAUGCUGUCGGGGAUAGAGGAGGUGGUGGUGGAGCAGGGGGAGUGGGGGUCGGUGGGAUGGAAAAGAAAGGGAUAGAGUUGAAGAGUUUUGUGUAGGUCUAUAGGUACUUACUCUACCCUUAUAUUUGAAUCAUCUAAGUACAGU